GUUUAUUUAUAUUACUAGUUUAAUAUUCAUCCGUUAUUCAUGAUAAGGCAGCAUUGCCGAAACGUCGAAAAAUGAUGCUAAGUGAUCAACUGUCGAGACAGAAACGAGGCAAGUGCCUGCCCCCAUGCUGCACUGCAGGCGUGCGUAGUUACAUUCCGAACAAGAUGGCGGCAAAACAAUCUCCCAGAAACGAGUCACAAACUAUGCUAGCGACCGAUAUACGGUAAAUUGUGCCGAAAAGCUCCGCUAGAGAGUGACGAUCUUGCAUUGGAAGAAGGAGAGGGGCGAUAAGAAGAUGGAAAAGGACAAAUGGCAGCGAUCGAAAGGAAAACCCUUCAAGCCAGCACACGAGCCUGUAUCAGGGGUACCUGCUGCUAAAGAAGUGAUCCCACCUGGCUAUGAGGAAUAUCUUCUGCUGCUACAGCAAAGAAAUAGGCUUUUAAAAAGGCUCAAAGAGAAAGAUGAACAACAAAUUGAAAUAGAGAAAAAAGAGCAAGGAUUCUCCAUCUAUGUAAAUGGGGCCAAUACUGGUAUUGUUGGACCACCGGUCACUGCCUCACCCAAGAGUAGAUGCACCUCAAGGCAAACCAAGACUGCAGAUACUUACAGUGAGCGAAAGAGGGUGCUUCAGCAAGAACUGCAAUAUUUGGAGAGGGAAGCAGGUGAACUGAGAGUGAAAACUGCUCCUGAUCAAACAGUUUCUGCUGCAAGGAAAGGGUGGGACCCUGGGGCUCUUCAGAUAAAGACAGAAAAAGGGCCAAGGGUCAAGAUCAGGGCACCAGGAAAACUAUCUGGGAAAUAUAGUGAAGACUUUGAGUCUUUAGCUAUUGAAGAUGAUGAUGAGGAUGAUGGUAGUGAUAAUGAUGAUGAUGAUUAUCUUGUGGCAUCUGGUAACAUGAGCUCAGAUGAUGAAGAUGAAGAACCAGAUGAAUUGACUCUCAGUUUUAAUGAUGUAGAGACUUUAAGAAAAUCUCUAGAAGCUGAUCAGAGCAUAAGACAAAGCAUUGAGGCAGCAAAAAUGAGAAUUCAAUAUGAGAAAGAAGCAGGGGAAAGUGGUUCUGAGGAGGAGGAAGAUGAAAUUGAAGAAGAGCUAGAAUUGGCCAAAGAGAGUUUAAACCUCCAUGAUAGCUACAAUAUUGAAAACCUACCACAACUUAGGCCCAUUGGUGCCGCAGCCACAACUAGUACUGCACCAUCAAAUAGUAAAUGUGGAAGAGAGAAUGAUAUCUCCAUAUCACAAGAAGACUCUUCUAGCUUUAUCAAGGAGGAAAAGAAAGGGCGCAAAUCAUCAAGUACUAAAAGAAAGGAUAGUGAUAGCAUACCCAUUACGAUGUCACAAGAAGGCUUGUCUAUGAAUUCAGUUAAGGAGGCCAAAAAGGAUAAUGAUAGCAUUGUUACAGGCCCUGUGGUUAUGCCUGGUGCAGAUCCUACAGUGAUGUCUCCUGGGACUGUUCUCAGGGAGAAAACAUUUGUCAAGGAAUCUGGUAAGAAGAAGGAGAAACACCCUUAUGGUCCUGAUGAAGAUUUGAUUGUUCUCAGCUUCUCGUCCACGGCAAAGAAAAAGAAAGAGCGAGUGCUGUCAGCUUCAAGAAGAAAACAAGGGGCUGAGGAUGUGAUUUUAACAAAAGAGAAUCCAAUUCCUUUCAUAGACAAUCCCAAAAGUUGCAAUGGAACAACAACCUUAGUAUCAAAUCCACAUUCAAGUACUCAAGCCACUCAAGAACUAAAAUCUGUACCUAGCAGUAAAAGAAGUCGUCCUUUGUCUGCUACAAGAAGAACCUCUCCUAACAUGGUUACCAAGCCAGAAGACAACGUGGAUGAAGUACUCAAAGCGAUGCAAGAGGAAAACAAGGAGAUAGAGUCUGUCAAGAGCAGAUUUCACACAGCACCUGAGAAAUCACAGCGCAAACCUCUGGCCUCUCCAAUGUCGGCUAGACCUCAGUCAAUUGGACCUUGUGAGACGGACAUGACGAUAGACAUGGUGACUGAGAAAGUCAGAAAUAUGGACCCAAGGCAACAACAGCAGUUGAUCAGCUUGCUGUCUAAGCUAGAGCUUAAGGAGCCACCAUACAAGAUGUCCAGCCCAACCCCCUCCCCCAGGGGAUCACCCAUCAAAGCUACAGUACCCUUUGGGCAGAUUGGUGACGGCAGCCCAACGGCAAUAGAAAGGAGCAUAACACCUAUACAGUUUCAGACGUCCAGUUUUAGUUAUGAUCCUGAGUCAGCUCCAGAAGAAGGAAUUGAUGUGAACAUUGAGAUCAACUCUAACUGGGGUCACCCUGACACACUUGGAAUUACCGAGAUUCAGUUCUUUGACUUGGAGGGCAGGCAGAUUGUUUAUGAUGAGAGCAACAUCUCGCUGUCCGGUCACGUGGGUGAGAAGGGCAAGCUGGGUAAUCUCGCUAACGGGAAGACCAAGACAAACAAAAGUCGUUACAUGUGGAGCUGCCACUUCACUGCUGGUCACCCUGUGGAACUCAUCAUCCGUUUGCCAGUUUCAGCAAGCGAGGGGACUGUGUCCAGGAUUGUCUUCUGGAACUAUAAUAGAGGUGUGAAGUACUUGAAUAUAGGAGUGAAAGACUUGAGGUUAUUUAUAGGUGGCGUUCUUGUAUGGAAAGGCACAAUUGAUAAGGGAUGCGGAAACCAGGUAUUUGACUACAGUAAAGAGGUCAACCUUGUCGAUAGUGAACAAAAACAACAAGAGCCAGACAAGUUUGAUGCUGGAGAAGCCACGCUACCUUUACGUAGCGAGACGGUUACACUGAAGCGAGGUUCCCUUGACCCCCCUGAGCCCACAAGUGAUAAAAGUGCCUCUGUGGGAUUACCGGUAAAGCAGGAACAGCCGUCUGUUAUCUCUCCCACAACAAAGCAGUUCUCACUGCCAUCCUCCCCCCGUCCCUCCAAAGAGCCUACGAUUCCACAUUCUCCACAUGCGUCACAGCACUUAGAAUCCACGGCUACUCGGCCCCAGAGCCCUCGCAGGUCAAAGACAAGAGGCAAAGGCAACCUGCUUGAUUCCCUGCUGCAGUCCAAGGACAUAAGAGAUGAGGUGGACGGGAAGAUCACACGGUCAUCAUCCACCCCAAACCUCUCGUCCAGCUCUGACCUGGAGAAAGACGAGACUGCGAACUCGCCGAGGGGCGAUUCGUUUGCCCUUCCCAGCAAACCGCCUUGGCUGACGUCCAGUAAGGGGAAGGGGCAGCUAAGAUCCAGAUCAUCAUCAAGAUCAAGGUCCAGACCGAUAUGGCUCGACGAGAACAAAGAAGGUGAUAAAGAAGGUGCACGUAGUUUCAGCUCAAAUGACGCCCUACCGCCACGUGACCCUACACCAGACAGUGCGCGGUUACCCUGGCUCAGUCCCAGGUCCACGGGGCGAAGUCACAGCCUACCCGGCGAGGGUGACGAGAGAUGGCCGAGUGACUUCGCUGCAAGGCAAGGAUCUCAGGAGUUACGUACCGAGUUGGAUGAGACGAGCUCAAAGGCGACUAGUGACACAAGAUCGAGCCGUCGCCGCGACACCCCCUCUCCAGCCCUCGUUGAGGCGCCACGCCCCUCGUCACGUGACCCUGACCUGUCCUCUUCUGCUGGGGCACGAUCCAAAAGACAAGAGUGGAAACAGAAUCAGAGUCUCAGUCUUGAAGAGUCUUGGAAUGUGCUCUCUUUAUUUGAAAAGUGCCACAAAGGACGCAUCACCAAGGACUUGGAUCUACAGCUACAAGACGAUGCCCUGGACGAGAUCCUACCGCGCUCCGCAACUAGGAAGGACCAGUCAGUACCCCCUAAGGACAGUACAACAGCAGACCCGCCUGCAGCCAGUGACGACAGCCGGCUUAUUGACCUAGAAAUUCCCACCCUUCCUCUCGGCAAAAAGCUCGUUAUUAACCUCAAGUCAACGUGGGGCGACAGACACUACGUGGGCCUCAACGGCAUUGAGGUGUUCACUGAUGAAGGGAGGCCAGCCGAAAUUGCAGACAUUUUGGCGGAUCCCCCUGAUAUCAAUGUUCUUCCUGAGUAUGGAAACGAUCCGCGAGUAGUGACCAAUCUUAUCGAUGGCGUUUAUCGUACAAGGGAUGACAUGCAUCUAUGGCUGGCUCCAUUCACUGCAAGGUCGAACCACUACAUUACAAUCACCUUUAUCAGGCCCGUGCGCAUAGCGAUGAUACGGAUAUGGAAUUACAACAAGUCUCGGAUUCACUCAUAUCGUGGCGCAAGAGACGUGGAGUUCUCACUUGAUGGUAGCCUGAUAUUCCAAGGUGAAAUAGCGAGAGCAAGCGGUACACUUGGUGCUGAUGAACCAUUUGGUGAUACUAUGUUAUUCACCAUGGAUGAGGCCAUCCUAGAUGCCAUGGCUCAGAACGACCCAACCUACGAGAUCCCUAAGGAAGAAGAUCUCCUUGGAGGCGAGGGUGACCGUCCCUCUACGGCUGACCGCGAGGAAGGCCCCUGUUCACAGGAUAAGGGCGAACGCCCCUUUACAUGCGCUCGGCAAAGGAAACAGAAGCAAGCGGAGCAUGAAGAGGUGGACGCCUUCAUUGAGCAAGAUGCUGAUUCUGAUGAUGAGGCUGAUAUAUGUAACGGAUACUAUACUGGGCAAGUAGUACAGCUGAACUUUGCGAGCACUUGGGGGGAUCCGUACUACUUGGGUCUGACAGGACUAGAGCUGCUCACACCGCAGAUGGUGCCCAUCCCGCUCAACAUCGAUAUGCUACAGGCAAAUCCACGAGACCUGAAUGAUCUUCCAGACUACGGAGACGAUGAUCGCACAUUAGACAAGAUAGUCGAUGGCACGAAUGUGACCACAUCUGACGAGCACAUGUGGCUAAUCCCCUUUACAGACGGUGAGGACCACACCCUUACCAUCGACUUGGGCCUGAAGACCGAGCUGCUGGGGAUGAGGGUGUGGAAUUACAAUAAGUCUCUUGAUGGGACAUUCAGAGGGGCCAAGAUAGUCCAUGUCUCUCUAGAUGGUAAACUCAUUUCUCCACCCGAAGGCUACCUACUCCGUAAAGGUCCCGGAAAUGUGCAUUUUGAUUUCGCCCAAGAUGUCUAUUUUAGCGGUCGUAACUCAACGGGAGGUAGCUCCACAUCCCCAUUGGCAUCUGUUCCCGAGACUAGAAGGUCUCAAAGUCGUGUCAAUAUAAGAAAACUCAUCCCCGAUUACGAGCCUGCGCUGAUGCCGACAGGGUUCGUGUUCCAGUUCCAACUCCUGUCCAGCUGGGGGGAUCCGUACUACGUAGGGCUGAAUGGCAUUGAGUUUUAUGACUCGGAGGGUUACCGCAUCCGUCUACGCGCAAGUGAUGUGACGGCUUACCCACACAGUGUGAACGUGCUGGAUGGCGUGACAGAUGAUGUCAGAACUCCGGAUAAGCUUGUGGAUGGGGUGAAUGACACGAUGGAUGGAAAGCACAUGUGGCUGGCACCCACAUUCCCAGGACAGAUCAAUCUGAUAUACGUGAUAUUUGAUGAGCCAAAGACCGUCUCCAUGAUCAAGAUGUGGAAUUACAGCAAGACGCCCAUCAGGGGAGCACAUCAGUUUGGGAUCUUGGUGGAUGACCUGUUGGUGUACCACGGCUUCCUGCCACAAGUCCCCCGCACUGGCUGCCGGGGAAUCCUCCCUAAUCUGGACAUGCCGGUGCCACAUCACACCGUCCUUUUCACAGACAGCCCAGAGAAUGUCGCCAUCUCAGAGAGGGGAAAUCUUGUCAAGCAAACUGAGCUUGAACAGGAUGUCCAGUUAACGAAUGACAAUACGGUGGUCACACGUUACACCACUCCCACUCCUGCCAAAGCCGCAGAUCCAGCAUUGCGACCCAAGACAAGCGUCAAGGCUUUUUCAAAAAGGCACAGAUAAUAAGUAGCUGUUGAUUACAAAAAAAAUUAUUGAAAAAAAAAUUAACAUUUAAUUAUUAGAAAAAAAUGUGGGUUUUGUGCAAAUUAUUGUUCAUCUACAAAAUGUAUGCAUGGCUUUUAAAGAGUAGUAGAGGUUAUAUCUCUAGGUGAAUAUUACUUAUGUUAUUGAAGAAAAUAUGUCCUCUAUGUACUACCUAGAAUAUAAUAGAGCAAAUAUGUAUUAUUCCCAAUUAAAUUAUAACUUUUUUGCA